AUGUGUAUUGUGUUGCACAGAAAGAAGGAAAAUCAAGAGAAAGGAGCAAAUGAAAAAGACAAGGAAAAAGAAGGAGACAAGCCUAAAGAAUUAUUUGUCAUUAACCCAGCUGGAAACAUAUAUUACAACUGGCUCUUUAUAAUCACAUUGCCUGUCAUGUACAACUGGACCAUGAUUAUUGCCAGGGCAUGCUUUGAAGAGCUACAGCACAACUACAUCCUGUAUUGGGUUUUACUUGACUACACCUCCGACCUCAUCUAUGUGGCUGAUAUGUUCAUCAGGACCAGAACAGGUUUCCUUGAACAAGGCUUGAUGGUCAAAGACGAGAAGCUACUCCGCGACCGCUACGUCAACAGUUUUCAAUUCCAGAUGGACGUUGUCUCCAUGUUACCCACUGAUAUCCUGUAUUUCUUUCUGGGAUUGGACUACCCUGAGAUUCGCGUGAAUAAACUUCUAAGGAUUGGUCGCAUGAUGGAGUUCUUCAAAAGAACGGAGACUAAAACAAAUUACCCCAACAUUUUUCGUAUUGCAAACUUGAUUAUGUACAUCCUCAUUAUUAUCCACUGGAACGCUUGCUUCUACUUCUCAUUUUCCAAAUCGAUUGGUUUUGGGUCAGAUGAAUGGGUUUACCCAGCUCUAGAUGAUCCAGAGGAGCCUGCUUUUGGCCAGCCGAUGAGGAAAUAUGCUUUCAGCCUCUACUGGUCCACAUUAACCCUGACCACAAUCGGAGAAACUCCACCACCAGCCCUCGAUUCCGAAUUUAUCUUCCAUGUGGUGGACUUCUUAGUUGGGGUGCUCAUCUUUGCCACCAUUGUGGGGAAUAUCGCUACCAUGAUCUCCAACAUGAAUGCUGCCCAAGCCCAAUUUCAGGCUCGAAUUGACAACAUUAAACAGUACAUGCAGGUUCGAAAGGUCAGCAAGGAUCUGGAAUUGCGUGUCAUUAAGUGGUUUGACUACCUGUGGAACAAUGGCAAAGCACAGGACGAGCGGGAGGUGUUGCGGUACCUUCCAGAUAAAUUGAAAGCCGAGAUCGCCAUCCAAGUUCACAUGGAGACACUCAAGAAGGUUCGCAUCUUUUCAGACUGUGAGGCAGGACUGCUGAUUGAGCUCGUUCUCAAACUCCGGCCUCAGGUGUUCAGCCCUGGAGACUACAUAUGCAAAAAGGGCGAUAUCGGUCGUGAGAUGUAUAUCAUCAAGGAUGGAAAACUUGCAGUAGUCGCUGAUGAUGGUAUAACUCAAUUUGUUGUGCUGGGAAGCGGAAGCUAUUUUGGUGAGAUCAGUAUCCUAAAUAUCAAGGGGAGCAAAGCAGGCAACAGGCGGACAGCCAACAUCCGCAGCAUUGGAUACUCAGACCUAUUCUGCCUGUCUAAGGAUGACCUGAUGGAGUCACUGACUGAAUACCCGGAUGCUAAAAGCUUGCUGGAAGAGAAGGGCCGACAAAUCCUGAUGAAAGAUGGCUUGAUUGACUUGGACCCAGCUAACAUCAAGCCAGAGGCCAAAGAGCUGGAAGAGAAAGUCAACAGGUUGUACAGCACCAUGGAUCUGAUGCAAGUUAAACUAAAGAAAAUUCUGGAAAAAUACAAGAAAACUGAUAAGACUCUGUGGCAUCGCAUCAAAGACCUGGAGCGUCUGACAGGGGAAGAGGUAGAAGAUGAUGAAGAGGAAGAAACAGAGUUGAAAAAGGAGGAAAUUCAAAUGGAAAAGGAAAAAAUUGAAGAUAAAGUUACAGUAAAAGAGAUCGAUGGAGAGGAAAAGAAAGAAGAGCGAGAAGAGGAAGAAAAGGCUGAAGAGAAGGAUAUGAAAGAAAAAGACAUACAGAAAGAGGAACACGAAGACAAAAAAUAA